CUAUUAUAAGCAGCCAGUUCCAGUGGACAGCAGCGGGACAGACAGACAGACAGACAGAGGAACAGAGCUGUGUUAAUGGACGAGGAAGAUAGUGGGAGAAAGGCCUCUGUUACCUAACUAAAUCCGGAAAAAACAACAGCCAGUCCUGCUGAAGGAUUAGCUCCCUGUUCGUGCUGUUAACAUGGCCCUGCCCUCUGUGAUGGUGUUGCCCCUGCUAAUUGUCGUGGCGGCUGGGGUCUACUACAUCUACAAUGAGGUCAUGCAGUUUAUGUCCAAGUCCUUAGUGCGAAACAAAGUGGUGGUGAUCACUGAUGCUGUGUCGGGGGUGGGAACUGAGUGUGCCCAUCUUUUCCAUAAGGGCGGUGCCAGACUGAUCCUGUGUGGGACUAGCUGGGAUCAGCUGGAGUCACUGUAUGAAUAUCUGACUAAUGAUGCUGACCCCAGAGAGACAUUUGCCCCAAAGCUGGUUAUCCUGGACUUCAGUGAUAUGGACAGCAUGGAGAACGUGGUGGCUGAGGUGGUGGAGGGUUACGGCUGUGUGGAUGUGUUGAUCUGUAACAGCAGCAUGAAGCUGAAGGCCCAGGUGCAAAGUGUCUCCCUGGAAAUGGACAGAAAUAUAAUGGACAUUAACUACUUCGGCCCCAGUACUCUGACCAAAGGUGUUCUUCCAACAAUGAUCUCAAGAAGAUCGGGGCACAUUGUGCUGGUCAACAGCAUCCAGGGAAGACUGGCUGUCCCAUUCAGAAGUUCAUACGCUGCAUCUAAGCAUGCGGCGCAGGCCUUCUUCGACUGCCUGCGGGCUGAAGUGGAGGAGUUUGGGAUAGUCGUCAGCACCAUCAGUCAUACCUUUAUCAACGCCUCUGACCCGCCACCUGUGGAGGAGCCCGCCCCUAAACCAAACACCCUCGCUACAUUUAUCACUAGCCAGUUGACCCACGGUGUGCGUCCGUCAGUCCUGGCCAAUGAGAUUAUGCAAACUGUGAACAGGAAGAAGAAGGAGGUUGUACUGGCUCACCCCAUCCCUAGGGUGGCCCUCUACCUCCGCUCCCUCUUCCCCUCCUUCUUCUUUGCUGUGCUGGCUGCUGGAGUAAAGGACUCAGUCCUGGCUGAGCAGAUGCAGUAAGAGAAAAUCUGAAAUGGAAUCAUAAAGAGAUGUGAAAUAAAACAAGAAUUGUUUGGAAAUUGUAGAUAUGUAAUAGUAUAUGCUUGGUUGGCACAGCAGGGGAUGCUUUAGGGGCAUGGCUACAUACGUAUAUGCUAGAGCCCUGCACAGGCCCAAAAAUCUAGGCCCUGGCCCAGCUCUGGCCCGAGAUGCUCAGGCCCUAGCCUGGCCCUUGGCCGACAGCUUAUCAGAAUUUUCGGCCCGAGCCCGAGUGGAGCCAGUGUUUUUUUUCUUUGUCCUCCUCCCCAUAACACAGUCUACAAUACUGUUGCAGUCAUUAAAGUAGUUCAGUUUUGCAUUUAAUGGCAAAGUGGUUAUAUUUUGUUUCAUUUCGAGUCAUCUUAACAACAAAUCUAUUAGAGAAUGAGACCUUGUUAAAGCCAUAAGUUCCAAAAUUUAAAUCUACAUAAAAGACAUGACAGUCAAAAUCACAACAAAUCACAUUUUUAUUUUUCACACUCUUUUGUUCUUUAACUUUGUUCUUUAACCCCAUAUGUAGCACAGGAAGACUCAUAGUUAGUGGCCAAGUCUGCCAUUCCCACGCUGUAUUUAAAUUGCCUUUACAUGCAAAACAAUGUAUUCUUGUAAUCCAGCCUCACUGUUUACUGUUAUUGCCUCCUACCGUUGUAACAAAGCAAACAGCAAAUCAAAUAAAAGUAAUCUUGCAUUUUG